AUGCAGUAUACUCGCCCGCUCUGUCGGGCCUUUACACAGUCAGCGACCCGCGCUGACAAAGUCGUCGCGGCCUUGUAUCGAGGUGGCGAAGCAGCGAAGCGACAGCCCAAGCUGCUGGCCACCGUGGAGAAUGAGCUGGGUCUGCGUCAAUGGAUCGAACAACAAGGCCACACGCUGGUUGUGACCGAUGACAAGGAUGGCCUCAACUCGACAUUUGCGCGGGAGAUCAAGGACGCCGAUAUUGCUAUUACCACGCCCUUCCACCCAGCCUACAUCAAUGCUGAGCUGAUCGAUCAAGCUCCGAAGCUCAAGGCAUGCAUCACAGCGGGCGUGGGUAGCGACCACGUCGACCUGAACAAGGCCAAUGAACGCAACAUUGGUGUCUAUGAAGUGACCGGAUCGAAUGUGACGUCGGUCGCCGAGCACGCGGUGAUGUCAAUCCUGGUGCUGGUGCGCAACUUUGUUCCCGCACACCGACAGUACGUGGAUGAGAAAGGCUGGAAUGUUGCCGAGAUCGCGCAAAAUUCGUAUGAUAUCGAAGGUAAGGUAGUGGGCACCUUCGGAUUCGGCCGUAUCGGACGCCUCAUUAUGGAGCGACUUAAGCCAUUUGGCAUGAAAGAGAUGUUGUACUACGACUACCAGCGAGCGGAUGCCGAUACGGAACAACGCUAUGGCGUCCGCCACGUCGACAGUGUCGAAGAGCUGGUCCGCCAGUGCGACAUUGUAACGAUCAAUGCACCUCUGCACGAGGGCACUCGCGGACUGUUCAACAAGGACUUGAUUAGUCAGAUGAAGAGAGGCGCGUGGCUCAUCAACACGGCCCGAGGCGCUAUCUGUGUCGAAAAGGACGUGGCCGACGCCGUCAAGACGGGUCAGUUGAACGGCUAUGGCGGUGACGUGUCGUACCCUCAGCCUGCACCGGCAGACCACCCGUGGCGCAGCAUGAGCAACGGCUGGAACGCAGGCGGUGGUAAUGCGAUGACACCGCACAUCUCAGGCACUUCGCUGGAUGCGCAAAGUCGUUACAUUGCGGGCACCAAGGAGAUCCUCGCGAACAUUUGGUCCGGUCAGCCGCAGAAACAAGUGAAUGUGAUUGUGGAAGCGGGUCGCUACGUAUCACCCGCUUAUGGCCAACAUUGA